AUGACCGGUGCUCAACUCUUUCUGUUACCAUCUGAGUCUCAAGCAUCGCUAGCACGGCAUGUCGUGCGCGCACUGGUCCCAUUUGCAAUCAGCUGUAUUCUGUACAGUUUGUGGCAGAUUUAUGUUUACCCGGCAUUUUUCUCACCGUUGCGCCACCUACCCAUGGCUCCCGGCGGUUACUCCCCGAUGGGUCAUUCGAUGGCGAAGUUCGGAACGCCUACAGAUACCUCGCUCGAAGACUGGAUCAGGAAUGUACCUAAUGAUGGCAUGAUCCGCGCCAAGGAGGUAUUCGGCGGCGACGCUGUUAUCGCAACAUCACCAGCAAUCCUCAAGAGAGUCCUUGUUGAGGACUCGUACAAUUUCACCAAAGACGACAAUAUUAGGAAGAUCCUUCGACUAGUUCUCGGUGAUGGGUUGAUCGUAGUUGAAGGCGAUGUUCACAAAUCACAGAAGCAAAUCUUGAGAGGAUCUUUCGGCACCGGGCCUAUCAAGGACUUGUACCCGCUGUUUUGGCAAAAAUCCACCAUACUACUCACAGCACUCCAGUCGAAGUUGUCGAGUCCCAGUGACCUGAAGCGGGUUCCAUUCGGUCGUUGGUGUGAACAAGUGACCCUUGAUAUCAUCGGAGUUGCGGCCUUUGGAAUAGAUUUUGAUAGUCUCAACAAACCAUCUGACACUGGUCUUGCCGGAGAAUAUCAUGAGCUGCUCAGAGUGGACACAAGUCGCGCUAUAUGGUUUUUGGCGAGCUUUUUUCUCCCGCAAUGGAUUGUCAACAAUAUUCCGAUCUGGGAAGCUCCUGGCGUCGCAGAUCGACUCACGCGGAAAUUGAAUGAACUCUCUCUUGAGAUCGCACAAAACCGGCGCGCUGAGAUCAAGGCCGGAGCGGUACCCGCCGAGGCGGGUCCUACAGGAAGGGCAGACGUGCUCUCUGGUCUUGUCAAAAACACAACUUUAAGUGACGCUCAGCUCGCAGACCAAGUGCUCACAUUCCUCACGGCCGGGCACGAAACUACUUCCUCCGCACUGAUAUGGGCACUGGUGUCCCUUGCACAAGACGAUGACGUGCAGCAGCGACUCAGGGAUGAAAUUCGAGCGAAUAUCUCAUCACCGUCCGAGUCCGACGAGGCGCCUCCGGCUGCACUCCUCGACAAACUACCACUACUCAACGGGGUCUGUCAUGAAACGUUGCGAUUAUUUCCGACAGUGCCUUUCACCGCUCGCACAGCUGUCAAGGCGACACAACUUGGCGAGUUUCUGCUACCGGUUGGCGGACAGGUAUGGCUGCCGGUUUGGGCCUACAAUCGCUCUCCUCAUUAUUGGGGCCAGAAUGCUUCCAAAUUUGUGCCCGAUAGAUGGAUCACUGACGGUAGCUUCAACAACAAUGGAGGCGCUCCCAGCAAUUACGCGCAAAUGACGUUCUUGCAUGGGCCCCGUCAUUGCAUCGGACAAGGUUUCGCCAAGGGCGAGUUGAGAUGUCUGGUGGCUGCCUUGGCUGGUCGUUAUCAUUUUGAGCUUGCAGAGGACAUCAGCAAAUAUCCGCCAGAAGGGCUGGUGACUGUCAAGCCGCAGAACGGUGGUCUGCUUAAUCUACGCGUUGUAAAAGGUUGGUAG